GCCGCGGGGGCUAUAUAAGGCUUCGGGCUCGGGCCGGGUGGGUGCCAGGGGCCAGCCUGCCCAUGGAGAUCGCGGAGACCACGGAGACCCCAGGCGGCCAGCGAGCGCGCUGCCGCCUCCAGCCGCCCGCCGCUCCCGAACGCCAGACGCGGCGCGGGGGCGCGGACUCCGGGUACCGCGUCUCGGCCCCGCCCUGCGCCUCCCCCGCUCCAUCCCUCCCGCCUGCGCCUCCCCAGCUCCUCCCCUCCGCUCUCUCACCCCCGCACCCUCCAGGCCCUCGCUCAGAUGCGGUCGGUUCUCCCGGGUCUGGGUUCACGUCUCCUCUGCGCGCCUUGUGCUGCCCACCUCGCAGAUCCGUAGGCUUCUGGAGACCGUGGGUGGAAGACCGUGGCGAGAAGGAGGAGGAGGCGCCGCACCACGCCGCGGAGGCGAUGCCAGAUGGCCCUGGAAUAACGGACGCCUCAGGAAAGCUUUGCCGAUACAGACACCCAGUCAGACUAUUUUGGCCAAAAUCAAAGUGUUACGAUUACUUAUAUCAAGAAGCAGAAGCUCUUCUGAAAAAAUUUCCAAUUCAAGCCACAAUUUCAUUUUAUGAAGAUUCUGAUAGCGAAGAAGAAAUUGAGGAGCUGAUCUGUGAAAAUUAAUCUGAUUACUUUUGAUGACAUUCAAAGCUUGUAGGUACAAAUUAGAUUAGUGUACAAAUGUAUCAUAAUCCUUUUAAAUUAACUUAUUUGUAUAUAAAUUAUUAAUAAAAUGAACU